AUUAUAAAUUUGUAAUGCGUAGAGACAAGUCAUAAGAAGAAGUAGCCGAAGGUAUAUAUCAUUUUCUAAUGAUAAAAUAUCAUUUUUUUAAUGAUACAAGUGUAUUUUAAAAAUAAAAAAGCAUUGAUUCUUACCAUCUUCAUGAUAUUCAAAUUUGAGUAGAAACUCAGUUCAAGAACAAGAAUCCUCAUUCACUCUCAUCUCUUGGCUUGCUCUUUUCUUUUUCACUUGUUCUUGUUUCAUGAACAUGUGCUAAUCUGCUGAUGUAACUCAAUUUCAAUUUUCGAAUCAUAUUUCAAACAAUUUACAAAAAUAUUCAUCUACUAAAAAUUUUAUUCUAAAACUCUGUGUUGAAAAGUUAGUAUUAUUGUUCAUCUGCGCUUCAGUAAUAAUUCUUAAGAUGUACAGGUUACCGCUUGCUCUCCGUUCCACGGCCAUGAGACAUCUCAACCGCAAUUAUGCCAAAGACGUUCGUUUUGGUCCGGAAGUGCGAGGUCUCAUGCUCCAAGGUGUUGACAUUCUGGCUGAUGCUGUUGCCGUCACAAUGGGCCCAAAAGGAAGAAAUGUAAUUCUGGAACAAUCGUGGGGAAGCCCCAAGAUAACCAAGGAUGGUGUAACAGUCGCUAAGGGUGUGGAGCUGAAGGAUAAGUUCCAGAAUAUCGGCGCCAAACUGGUUCAAGAUGUUGCCAAUAACACAAACGAAGAGGCAGGCGAUGGCACGACAACUGCGACCGUAUUGGCCCGCGCCAUUGCCAAGGAAGGAUUCGAUAAAAUUAGCAAAGGAGCCAAUCCCAUCGAAAUCAGAAGGGGUGUGAUGCUAGCUGUCGACGCCAUAAAGGAACAUCUGAAAGCACUAUCAAAGCCCGUUACAACACCUGAAGAAAUAGCACAGGUCGCUACUAUAUCUGCCAAUGGUGAUAAGGCUAUCGGUGAACUCAUCUCGGCCGCUAUGAAAAAGGUUGGAAAGGAGGGUGUUAUUACUGUUAAAGACGGUAAAACUCUGGAAGACGAACUGGAAGUUAUAGAAGGAAUGAAAUUCGAUAGAGGAUACAUAUCGCCCUACUUCAUCAACACAUCUAAAGGAGCCAAGGUGGAAUUUCAAGAUGCUCUGGUUUUACUGAGUGAAAAGAAGAUCAGCAGCAUCCAAAGUAUCAUUCCUGCCCUGGAGCUAGCCAAUUCUCAGAGGAAACCUCUCGUGAUCAUUGCCGAGGAUGUCGACGGCGAAGCGCUCAGCACAUUGGUCGUCAACAGACUGAAAAUCGGACUGCAAGUAGCGGCGGUGAAGGCGCCCGGCUUUGGCGACAACCGCAAGAGUACGCUGCAGGACAUGGCGAUUGCGACCGGCGGCAUCGUGUUUGGCGACGAGGGCGCCAACCUCAAGCUCGAGGACCUCACACCCACCGACCUCGGCCAGGUCGGCGAAGUGCUCAUCACUAAGGACGACACUCUGCUCUUGAAGGGAAAAGGCAAAAAGUCAGACAUUGAUAGAAGAGCUGAACAACUCAGGGAUCAAAUCCAAGAAACAACAUCUGAGUACGAACGUGAGAAGCUGCAAGAAAGGUUGGCCAGACUGGCGUCUGGUGUUGCCGUUCUCAAAGUGGGCGGCUCAAGUGAGGUUGAAGUGAACGAGAAGAAGGACCGCGUGACGGACGCGCUGAACGCGACGCGGGCGGCGGUGGAGGAAGGCAUCGUGCCGGGAGGGGGCACCGCGCUGCUGCGAUGCGCCGCCAUACUGAAACAGGUGAUCACGGCCAACGCGGACCAGGCCACCGGCAUAGACAUUGUGCAGAAGGCACUGCGCAUGCCCUGCAUGACCAUCGCCCAGAACGCAGGCGUCGACGCGUCGGUCGUCGUCAGCAAGGUGGCCGAGGGCACUGGCGACAUGGGAUACGACGCCCUGAACAACGAGUACGUCAACAUGAUUGAGAAGGGCAUCAUUGAUCCCACCAAGGUUGUGCGAACGGCGCUGACGGACGCUGCGGGAGUGGCGUCGCUGUUGACCACAGCUGAGGCGGUCGUCGCCGAACUGCCCAAAGAGGAGCCAGCCAUGCCUGCUAUGGGAGGCAUGGGUGGAAUGGGAGGAAUGGGCGGCAUGGGUAUGGGAAUGUAGGCGACACCGGUCUAACCUAACCUCACUCUUCCUGGCUGCAGUCGGUCAAAGGACAUUUGUGUGGAAGUACUGUGCGCUUUGUUUUUAUAAUUAUUGUUAUGAACGUGAUCAUUGUAUGUGUCAACUUCCUCAAUGGACCUGGACGGUGGCCAGAACUAGAUUGUAUUGUUAGCAAAAAGUCUGAUGAUAGUUUGUAGUUGAAGUAGAUAUUCGAUUAGCUUUUUUUAUUGUUACCUGUUCUUUUUCAUUCCUUGUCACUCCCCCAUAUUUUUCUAUAUGUUUAUUGUUUGUUCGUAUUACGCAAUCAAAAAGAUUUAAAAAUACAUUGAGAGCUCAAAUAUGUUGUGUCUGUUGAAAAUUGAAAAACAUUCAUUAAAUUCUAUAUUUAUUAAUAAAA